AUGUCAGAACCAGAGCCAAAGACCAGAGCUGAUUUCUUAAAAUAUUCACGUGAAAUCACUCUGGAUCCAAACACAGCAAACACAGAACUGUUAUUAUCUGAUGGAAACAGAAAAGCAGAAGUAACAAGCCAAACACAGUAUUAUCCUAGUCAUCCAGAUAGAUUCACUCAUUGGGUUCAGAUCCUGAGCAAAGAGAGUCUGCUUGGACGUUGUUACUGGGAGGUGGAGUGGAGAGGGGAAGGAGUUGAUAUAGCACUGGCACACAAGAAUAUCAGCAGAGCAGGAUAUUCAAAUAAAUGUAGAUUUGGAUUUAAUAACAAAUCUUGUUCUUUUAAAUGUCACAGUAGCGGUUAUGAGUUUUGGUCGAACGGGAAAUUUUCUCCCGUCUCAGGUCCUCAGUCCUCCAGAGUCGGAGUGUACCUGGAUCACAGUGCAGGUAUUCUGUCCUUCUACAGCGUCUCUGAAACCAUGACUCUCCUCUACAGAGUCCAGACCAUAUUCACUCGGCCUCUCUAUGCUGGACUUUGUCUUUAUUAUGAUGGAGACAAAGCUGAGUUCUUUAAACUCAGGUAG